AUGGCUGACGCCUCGCUGACGCUUCAGUGCACCAUGUGUGUGAGGCUGUUAGAUGGACGCUGCUCCCCGGCUUAGGCUGUUCCCAGUACGGCCAUGACGGGCAUCCAGGAGCCAGACCUGCAUGAGCAGCACGGAGGACCAACGAAGGAGGGAGAGGAUGAGGAGGAAGAGGGGGAGAAGGUGCAUGUGUCAGUUGAAAGAGAGGAGUGGGAGCACAAAGAGUUGGAAGACGAGGAAGAGGGAGAGGAGAUAAAGGAAGAGCUGCCAUAUCCCUCCCUAGCACCAGUGGUUCUUUUGGCUCUGACCCAAACCAGCCCUCCCCGCUCCUGGUGCCUCCGAGCUGUCUGCCACCCAUGGUUUGAGCGUGUCAGCAUUUUGGCUAUCCUUCUAAACUGUGUGACUUUGGGGAUGUUCCAGCCUUGUGGCCACACCCCUUUUCUGCUGCAGGCUCUGGAUGAUGGGAUCUUUGUCUUUUUUGCUGGAGAAAUGCUGGUGAAGAUGGUGGCUCUUGGGGUCAUAGGUCAGAAAGGUUACCUAGGCGACACAUGGAACAGACUGGACUUCUUCAUUGUUAUUGUGGGAAUGCUGGAGUACUCAUUGGAUGGACACAAUGUUAGCUUAUCAGCUAUUCGGACUGUUCGGGUUCUCCGCCCACUACGAGCCAUCAACAGAGUUCCCAGUAUGCGUAUCCUGGUGACUCUCCUGCUAGACACACUUCCAAUGCUGGGCAACGUGCUGGCGCUGUGCUUCUUUGUCUUCUUCAUCUUCGGCAUUGUUGGUGUUCAGCUGUGGGCAGGGCUACUGAGGAACCGCUGUUUCAUGGGAGAGGAUGUCAAGAUGAGAUAUAACAUCACCUUCCUGAAUAGUUACUUUCAGCCUGAUGGCACAGAUGACCAUCCCUUCAUCUGUUCUACAGAGAGAGAAAAUGGGAUGCUUCGGUGCUCUGAUGUGCCUCGCCGCCGUGUAGGCAGGACCUACUGCUAUCUGGGUGCUGAGGAAGCCCAUUCAGAGACAGGAUUUAGAGCACAUGAACCAGUAUCGUGUGUGAACUGGUUUCAGUAUUACAACGAGUGUAGGGCUGGGGAAAUAAACCCUCACAAAGGAGCUAUUAACUUUGAUAAUAUUGGAUAUGCAUGGAUUGCCAUUUUUCAGGUAAUUACUUUAGAGGGUUGGGUAGACAUCAUGUACUAUGUCAUGGAUGCACACUCCUUCUAUAACUUCAUCUACUUCAUUUUCCUCAUAAUAGUGGGCUCUUUCUUCAUGAUCAACCUGUGCCUGGUCGUCAUAGCAACCCAGUUUUCUGAAACAAAGCAGAGAGAACAUGCCUUAAUGAAAUCGGAGCAGCGUGCCCGCCAGCUCCACCAGUCAGCUUCUACUCUGGCCAGCGACAGUCAACCAGGGAGUUGCUAUGAGGAGAUCAUCCGCUACCUGGCACACCUGGGCCGGAAGGCGUGUCGACGACUGUCCCGUUACUAUGCUAAGAGAUGCACUCGCUUUCACUGCGCAUGCAUGUGCCGCAAAGACCAAGGUGGCGGAACUGCCAGAGGGGCCGGAGUUGGGGAGAUGAAUGGACUUGCCAACCGGCACUCAGGCCAUGCCCCCAAUGACUUGCCACACCUUCAUCAGCGCUAUCAUCUUCAUCACCAGCAUCAUCACCUACACCACCAGCCUGAGCUCACUGACAGUAAUGGAGAGAAGGGUUUUAAUUACCCCUUCAUAUCACCCCUCUUCAGUCACCUGGAUGAUAAGGACCAGGACCAGAAGAGGCUGGUUGCCACAGAGACCAUCAAUAGACUGCCGCAGCUGGUGCUUGAGCAUGAUGGGUCUGUUGGACAUCCUGUGCUGCCGUUGCCGGGAGAAGUCUCUGGGGAAUCCUCAGUGUGUCCAUACUGCGUAUAUUAUAACCAACUUUGUGGGAGCGAAAAUGUUAACGUGCAGCCUGAAGACCAGCAACAUGGGCACCACAACUUAUGCCAUGGCAACAGCCCUUGUCAUAGCAACAGCCCAUGCCACUGUAGCAACCCCUGUCAUGAUGCACAGGUAUCUGAGCCAAAGAAAAGGCUGUGGGAGCAUUGCUGGGUGGGACUCCGAAUCAAACUGGAACUAAUUGUCGGCAGCAGAUACUUCAACAGAGGAAUCAUGAUUGCCAUCCUCAUUAACACACUCUCGAUGGGCAUAGAGUACCACGAACAGCCGCAGGAGCUGACAGAUAUUUUGGAGAUCAGUAACAUGGUUUUCACCAGCCUCUUCAGUCUUGAGAUGCUGCUGAAGCUCCUGGCUCUUGGGCUCUUUGGCUACAUAAAGAACCCUUACAACGGCUUUGACAGCGUCAUUGUCAUAAUCAGUAUAUGGGAGAUUGUGGGUGAGGCUGACGGAGGCUUGUCGGUGCUGCGUACCUUCCGUCUGCUGAGAGUUUUGAAGCUGGUCCGGUUCCUUCCUGCCUUGAGGAGGCAGCUGGUGGUACUGAUGAAGACUAUGGAUAAUGUGGCCACAUUCUGCAUGCUGUUGAUGCUCUUCAUAUUUAUAUUCAGUAUUUUGGGGAUGCAUCUGUUUGGAUGUAAAUUCGGUUUGCGACAGGACAGCGGAGCCACUUUACCUGACAGAAAGAACUUUGACUCUCUGCUGUGGGCAACCGUCACUGUCUUUCAGAUCCUCACCCAGGAGGACUGGAAUGCAGUGCUCUAUAAUGGGAUGGCCUCAACGUCACCCCUGGCUGCUCUCUAUUUUGUGGCCCUCAUGACCUUUGGAAACUACGUCCUGUUCAACUUGCUUGUAGCCAUUUUGGUUGAGGGUUUUCAAGCUGAAGGGGAUGCCAACAAAUCUGAAGCUGAUGACGAGGGACAAUCCCUCCUUUACCAGGAUGAGGAGAAGCUGAGAGAGCUAUAUGCUGCAGAACUCAAGAUCCAGGCAAUGAUGCUCAGCCCCAAUGGUCUCCUGAACCCAAAGGCCUCCAUGCCUCCCCCUCCUCCUCCACCGCUGCCAGUCAUCACACACACUGCAGCCACACCCACCAUAAACUCCAGCCAGUCACGCCGAGCAAGUGGUGCUUCCACGGACAUCAACAGCCUUGAGCAGAGGUCGCCGUCUAUGUGGGAAAGUGCGCCAGAGAGCCGUCGCUCCAGCUGGACCAGUAUCGGCCGAGCUUCCAGCCUCCACAGGAGGAGCCAGUCAGGAGAGAUGGAGUCCCUGCUAUCCGAAAUGCACACGUGCUCCAACUUCAGCAGCAGGGAGCAGUCUCUGGACCAGUCUGAUUACCUGCAAGUGCCCAUUCUCCUCUCACCUGACUGCAACGGCACCACAUUUCCCUUACCAGACCACAGCUAUGAUGAAGUGCCCCUAACAUCAUAUCAUCAAGACGAGGAAGAGACUGAGGAGAGUUUAUGUAAGAAGCUGAAAAAGAUGCUGGAACCAUAUGAGCCUCAGUGGUGCCUGGAGCAUGAAGAGUGGUCUCUUUAUCUGUUUGGUCCACAGAACCAGUUCAGGUUGUGGUGUCAGAGGGUGAUUGGCCACAAGAUGUUCGAUCACACUGUCCUCCUUUUCAUUUUUCUGAACUGCAUCACCAUCGCACUGGAGAGACCUGAUAUACAUCCCAAGAGCAUGGAACGAGUGUUUCUCAGUGUGUCCAAUUACAUCUUCACUGUUAUCUUCGUGGGCGAGAUGAUGAUCAAGGUGGUGGCGAUGGGCCUGUACUUUGGAAACGGUGUGUACCUGCAGAGCAGCUGGAAUGUUUUAGACGGCUUGCUGGUGUUUGUGUCACUGGUGGACAUCCUGGUCUCCAUGGCAUCAGCAGGUGGUAAUCGAAUCUUUGGCAUCUUGAGGGUCCUUCGUCUGCUUCGCACACUGCGUCCGCUCAGGGUGAUAAGUCGGGCCCCAGGUCUGAAAUUGGUGGUUGAGACCCUGAUCACAUCUCUCAGACCAAUUGGGAAUAUUGUGCUCAUCUGCUGUGCUUUUUUCAUUGUUUUUGGGAUACUGGGAGUGCAGCUGUUUAAGGGGAAAUUCUUCCACUGUGACGGGUUUAAUGUCACUAACAUCACCAACAGAACCGAGUGUCUGCAGGGAGGUUACCGCUGGGUCAGGCGGAAAUACAACUUUGACAACCUGGGGCAGGCGCUGAUGUCACUCUUUGUGCUGUCCUGUAAAGAUGGUUGGGUGAGCAUCAUGUAUGAUGGCCUAGAUGCUGUUGGAGUGGACCAGCAGCCAAUAAGAAACAACAACCCUUGGAUGCUGCUGUUCUUCAUUUCUUUCCUCCUCAUUGUUAGCUUCUUUGUGCUCAACAUGUUUGUGGGUGUGGUGGUGGAAAACUUUCACAAGUGUCGCCAGCAACAGGAAGAGGAGGAGGCCCGACUGAGGGAGGAGAAACGACAGAAGCGAUUGGAGAAAAGGAGGAGAAGAGCCCUGGAGAAGCCAUAUUACGCUGACUAUUCCCCAAUGCGCCGAUCCAUACACACUUUGUGCACCAGCCACUACCUGGAUCUCUUCAUCACUAUCAUCAUCUUUACAAACCUCCUGACCAUGAGCAUGGAGCACUACAACCAGCCUCAGUACCUGGAGGAGAUUUUGAAGUACUGCAAUUACGUCUUCACUCUGGUUUUUGUCAUCGAGGCCAUUCUGAAACUCAUUGCUUUCGGCCUGCGCCGCUUUUUCAAAGAAAGGUGGAACCAGCUGGAUCUUGCCAUUGUGUUACUGUCUAUCAUGGGAAUAACACUGGAGGAAAUUGAUCUGAGUGCUUCCCUACCCAUCAACCCCACCAUCAUACGCAUCAUGAGGGUCCUGAGGAUAACACGAGCGCUGAAACUGCUGAAGAUGGCCACAGGAAUGAGAGCUCUGUUGGACACAGUGAUGCAAGCUUUGCCUCAGGUGGGGAAUCUGGGUCUACUCUUCAUGUUGCUGUUCUUCAUCUAUGCAGCUCUGGGAGUUGAGCUCUUUGGAAAACUGGAGUGUUCAGACGAGAACCCAUGUGAGGGUCUUAGUCGCCACGCUACCUUUGACAACUUUGGCAUGGCUUUCCUCACACUUUUCAGGGUGUCCACCGGGGACAACUGGAAUGGGAUAAUGAAGGACACGCUGCGUGAGUGUCGCCCACAUGAUGGCCACUGCCUUACCUACCUGCCUUUGAUCUCCCCCAUUUACUUUGUCACCUUCGUCCUCACGGCUCAGUUUGUGCUGGUUAACGUGGUUGUUGCUGUUCUGAUGAAGCACCUGGAGGAGAGCAACAAAGAGGCACAGCUGGAGGAGAUGGAGGAAAGGAGAGAGAUGGAGGAAAGGCGAGAGAGAGAGCGAGAGGAAGCCAACCGUCGCCUCAGCAACGCAUCUAUGGGUGGGGACCUGGAGCUGAAUGCAGACACACCUGCACAGGUGCAAGUUGAGGAUGAGGAGUAUUCCCAUGGCAACCUGCUGAGCAUGGGACGCAUGCUGUCUCUCCCCAGCGACAGCUACGUUCAGCCACUCAGAUGCUCCCCUUAUUCUCCCAUUGGCCAUGAGACACUCUGUGGCUACAACUACUCAGGCUCCAUGUCAUCUCUGGGCUCCAGUGGAGGCAGCUCUCUGCUGCAGGUUCCAGGAGCUCUGCCCUCCAUCAGCCACGCUUCACUGGGGUCUGGACGUAGCUCAAGGCCGAUGAUCUGCCUCAGCACCUCUCAGAGCAUCGACCGACACUCCACACACAGACUCAGUCCAGCCGACAGCACUGAGGGAUACAGGUUUAGUCCAGCUCACAGAAUAAAAAGAAACAGACUGAGCUCAGCUCACAGUAUAGAUGGUUAUAAGUUCAGCCCUGCCCAUCGAAUGAACAGGCACAGACUCAGCUCUGCUCACAGUAUGGACGGAUACAGACUAAACCCAGAUCAAAACACAGAGAGACCGAAGCUCUUGUCUUGCCACAGUAUGGACAGACAUCCGUCACUCAGACUGAGUCCCACAUAUGCUAGCAGCAGCCGCCCCCCUCACUGGCUCAGUCCUGAGGACAGUUUAGACAGAAACAAGCUGAGUCCCUCCUACGUUCCAGAUAACUCAGUCCCGAAGAGACCAGCGUCCUUUCGUUCUGCAAGCAGACAGUUACGCAGACAGGAGGCAGUGCGCUGCGACUCUGUGGAUCAAAGCGGUUCAGCUGACGACCUGGCAGAAUCCUGCCUCACUGUGCCCACAGUCUCUCCCACUCCACCACGCCAGCGAUCAUCCAGUGUACACACACUGAAAUAUACACACCCCCAGAGGGUGAUCUCAUGCAGGAGCCACAGCCGGAGCCACAGUGAAACUACUGCACAUGAACGUGUACCUGAGCAGGCCAUCUGUGGCACACAGCCAGAAACAGAGGCAGAAAAGAGGCCUGUCAGCCCACAGGGCCCGUCCAGUUUGAAGGUCACCAGCACUGAAGCCACCCCCUCAGCUCUGCUCUGCAGCUCCAGAAUAGCAUGCCCUGAUGCUGCCGUCAGGUCAGACCCCAACCCCCAGGUGGACUACAUUGCUGGGGAGGUCAGUCAUAACAGUUCAGCUCACUCACACACACACCCUCCACCCAGCUCCUCCUCACACAAAAAUGGACACCUUUCCCCCAGUUGUGGGGAGCAAAGGAGCCACCACAGCCAUUCAGCCUCCCCAGUUCCAGGCAAGAACAGGAAGCAGCGAGUGAGCCCACCACCAGGAGAGGAGCCUGUUACUACGGCAACCCAGCUUAUAGACAGUCGUGUUGAGCUGAGAAGGCGAACUAUGUCCUUUGAUGCCACAUGCCUCUCACCUAAUCAGCUGGAGGGAAAUUCUGUGGAUGACUGAACCAGCCUGUGAGAGGAUCGGAGGAGCUGAAUGUGCUGCUGAAUUACACAAGAGGGUCGGGAACCGCAAUCCGAAGCAGGAAAGAUCAAAGUUUCCUGUUAGGUUUCUUGUUCUGUCCACUCACAAGAUUUUCACAGGGUGUGUGCCGAACUCACUGAGACUGUGUGUGUAUGAGUGUGUAUGUGUUUAAAGACUCCUUUGUGCUAACUGCACACAAGAUGCACACAAGAAGUUUCCUUUUCUUCUAACAUAGUCUUAGUUUUAGUUCAGAAAGUAGCCACGUCCCAGUUAUAUUUACUCAAAAGCUAAACUUCCUCUUGCUUGAUCUCCUCCUUCUCCCUUCACUCAUUGUUUUCCUGGAUCUCAAGCCUAGGUCAGAAUACAGUUCAGAACUAUUCUGAAGGUGAAGCAUGGGUUGUGUUAGUGGCUGAUCUGCUCAUGGAUACCGAAAUUAUUUUAGUUUAUUUUACUUUUUAAGGAAUUUGCUUAUUAUCUUCCUGAUUAAUCCCUUUUUUUGUUUAAUAAGGCAUCACGGGACCAAGACCAUCUAUUCACACCAUUUUUGUCCCUCUGAACAACAGACACUUAUUUUGUUAGUUUUUCCCCAAACAAAGCAUAGAAUAUUUACAUUUGAAAAGCUUAACUUUACAUAGUG